UCACGAUUUCACUAUUUCCUCUCCGUCUCUCGCCCCCCGCCCCCUAGCGGAAAUUGCAACCACAACCAUGCCCUCGACGACGCAGCCAUUGACAGUUGCAGCGAAGACGCUCCGACACAGGCUCUUAUACCGAUCCGGAUCCACAUCCUCCGGUCCGAGCCGGUGGACGACGCCGGGUCACGAGGAGCGUCCCAAGGGUUACCUCCUCAACCGACCUCCUCCGCCGCCGGGACAGUCCCGCAAGUGGGAGGAUUGGGAGCUUCCGUGUUACAUCACCAGCUUCCUCACGAUCGUCAUCCUCGGUGUCGGUCUCAAUGCGAAACCCGAUCUAAGCAUCGAGACCUGGGCUCACCAGAAAGCCCUCGAGAGGCUGGAGAUGGAGAAGCUCGCGUCCGCUGGAGAAUCAUCCGAUUGAGAUGCUAACGUUGUUGGCCUGGGGAUGGUGGAUUUGCUCAGACGGUUGAUCUGGUAUGUCUGUUUUUGUCGGGAUUCGAGGGUUUUCCCCCCGUUUAUGAUGAUGAUCACGACGACCUGAGAACAAGGGUUUCCUUCAAAUCUUUUUGUCGAUAAUGCUGUUUACGGAAUAAGGUUGUCCUUAACUGUUGACGAUGGUUAUGUGUGACUUCAGAUUUAAUUUUGACAAAGCAUCAAUCACUUCCCUAA